AUAUAGAAAGAAAAAUAUUCUUAAGAUAAAAAACAUAUAUAUUUGAAAAAUUAUAAAUCAAUAAUAAGAAAUUUAUUAGAUGAUUUAUUAAUAAGAAUUAUUUAAUAGAUUAUAGAAAUAUUUUAAAUUCAAUGACUGUUUGGAGGAAAUUGUUCGGUAAAUAUCUUCUAGUCACAAACACUGUGAGCUGUGGCUUAAUGAUGGCAGUAGCAGAUAUUAUUCAACAACGUAAUGAAUAUUUAAAAAAAUAUAAAUAUUUACCAAAUAGAACUUAUGUAAUGGCAGCAUCUCCAGAUAUAGAACAAAAAUUUCAUAAUUUAAAGAUUUCUGAUAUUUAUAUGCACGAUUAUGUGCGAACUAAAAACAUGAUGAUUGUAGGCCUAUUUCAAGGUCCCUUUCAUCAUUGGUUCUAUAUGAUUUUGGAAAAGAUAUUGCCCGGAAAAAAUGCUGCAUCCGUUAUUAAAAAAACUUGUCUAGAUCAAACUAUUGCCAGCCCAAUUUGUCUAGGAAUAUUUUUUAUUGGCCUUGGCCUUUUAGAACAUCAUAACAUGAAAGAGAUUCAUGAAGAGAUGAAAAUGAAAUUAUACGACACGUGGAAGGUUGAUUGCUGUUUUUGGCCUCCAACACAAUGUGUAAAUUUUUUCUUCAUACCGCUUCGCUAUAGAGUAUUAUAUACUAAUUUUAUGACAAUGAUUUAUGACAUUUUUCUGUCAUAUAUGAAAUAUGACGUGCAGUAUUAAUAAUAAACAUUUCAA